AUGGACGUAUUCUCUACAUCCCAGAUCUUCUACGACAGCACCUGCGCCUCAUCGCCUGAAGCUUUGGAGUUCGGCCCCGGAGGGGAACUGGCGGGGUCUGAAGAGGACGAGCACGUCCGGGCCCCCGGGGCCCCACACCAGCCAGGUCACUGUCUGCAAUGGGCCUGCAAAGCUUGUAAGCGCAAAUCCAGCACGGUGGACCGCCGGAGAGCCGCCACUAUGAGGGAGCGCCGCAGGCUGAAGAAGGUGAACCAUGCGUUUGAGGCACUACGGCGCUGCACCUCGGCGAACCCCAGUCAGCGU